AUGACACGUUUUAUAUAUCUAAUAGCAAGUGUUGCAUUAAAUGAUGGGUAUGUAAGAACUUAUGCAGAUGUUCACUAUGGACGAAUAAGAGGACGUAAUCAAGCAACAAACUUAGAUCCAGCGAUUGUUUUCUUAAUUUUAUUUGGUUGUUUGGUUGGAGGAUUUUUUAUAGUUUGUAUAUUUGGUACACUUAUUCUUGGUUUCUUUGAUAAUGGAUUUCGAAAUUCACAACGAUCAUUUUUACGUCGAAAUACUUUAUCAAAUUAA